AUGGGCUUACGUGACAAAUUGGCGAAGCCGUUCCACAAAGACGAUGACCACGACCGCCUGGGACACCACCACAAAGACCACAAGGACCUGGAGUCGAGCGAGAAGGGGGCGGGCAUUUUGCCCGGGAAAGGCCCCGUGACCGCGGCUGAGGCCAACGUGUCCAUCGACGACCUUCCCCCCAGCUCCCAGGGCCACCGCACGUUUGUCCCACCCAAUGUGUCUACGGAGCCGAUCCACACCGAUAUCGGUGACUACGCCAACGCCAAGGACCCCACCGACAACACGGUGAGCUUUGCCAAUCGGGAAGUCGACAACGACAACCCCUGGCUUCCGGAGCUGGAGCAGGCGGAAGGUGCUGGCCACUUCUACUUGCCCAAGGACACCCAGGGAGACCCCCGGGGCACCAAUCCCGAGGCGACCCAUGUUGAGGCCAAGGAUAUCCGCGGAUUGAAAACUGCCCCCCAACACGUGCUCGACAAGGAGAAGAAGCUGAAUAAAGAGCAGUACCACUUUGCCAAGGACGGCGAGUUGCCACACUCGGCGUUUAAGGCCGACGGCGACUCCGAGUACCACCAGAACUUGGCGUCGUCAGAUCACAGCGAAACGACCGCCGAUAACCAAAAUAACCGCAGUAUCGGCAAUAAGGGCGGCAUCAGUGCCGUCAUGGACUUGUUCCACAAGGAACAGCACAAGCUGGCGGUGCACCAGACCGGGGCCACCGGCCCGGAAGAGGUGUGA